CUGCAGUCCUGUGUUGGUGUGAUCCACACGCACAUCGGGCGCAACAACGAUGAGCUGGCUGCUGCCCAGGCGACGGCACCGUAGCUAUUCUUACCGACGAGUGGCGGUUGGCGACCCCUCGUCCAUCAGCCAGUCUUUGCUAUCGGUCGUCACGACUGAUGACACCGCUGACCAUCAAGGGCUUCCUGUUGACGUCUUCGCCCGUGUGUUCGCUUCCUUUCUCACUGUCGACGAUGCUUUGAGGGCCCGGGCGGUCGGCAAGGCGUACGGCGCUGAGCUGAUAGACGAGGCGUUCCUUCUGCGUCGCAUCACCAGCUGCCAGCAGCAGCUCCCCGGCCUCAUCGAUGUGGAGAGGGACCGCGGCGUCGACCCCUCGGCCCCUCCCCUCCCACCAUCCCUCUCGCGAUUUGGGUAUCUCGCUCGGUGUGCCUACGUCAUCGAGCGGGCGGCCGAGUGGCGCUAUAUGGCCACAUUUGUCAGGGUGGCGAGUGCCUGCGGUGUGGCUGGCCAGCUGCCUGUGGUGCUGGCAGCUGAGAGGGUGGAGGCUCAUAUUCCCGACAAGGAAACUUUCCAUCGGCUGCCCGCUGCCAUGGCCGUCUACAAGACACUUGGAGAUCUGUUUGGCUGUGAAAGCAUCAGCCCACCCCUGCAGCUGACCGAGGGCGACCAGGAGGAGACAGACUUGUGGGUCCUGCCGAGCCUGCUGCUGCUGCGGCUCCUGAUUGGAGCCGUCCACGUCAUCACUGCGCUGGUGUGCUUGUGCGGUGCCGUGUGCAUCCCGUUAGAAUUCUAUUUUCUCCUCGUCGCCCAAACCCAGGAUCAUAGGGUGUGGCGUGUACUUGGCUGGCUUCUGCUCUGCGUGUUGACUUGUGGCCUUUACCUCCAGGCGGCCUGCAGCUGCGGAUGGGCUCUCGCCUGGUGGUUGCAUCGACGGACGAGGCUGGUGCAAUGGUAUCAAAUCGGCGUGCGGCGGCUCCGUGUCAUCGAUGGGGACGAGUUGUGGCGCCUGCGGCCUUUUAUUCGGCCGAUAUAUCGCCCCACGGACCCGCCCAUCAGCUGCAGCGUGCCAUUAUGCCGAGUCUAUCCCUCAUUCAGUGCGUUUGCCCUCGACACGCUGCUGCAGCUCGACGAGGUUUCUUCCCGUAUGAGCGUCGUCUUUGACGUGUUUGUGGGGACGCCUGUCCGCUACCGGACUCUGACGGCUUCCUGGAUCGACGAACCUGACAUAUCCGUCAUCGACUGGCAGGACGACAUGAUGGAUGUACGAAGCCGCAUUGUGAUCUUGCUGCUCGGUGGUGGGUCUGUAGUGGCCGCCGUAACUCUCGACGUCGGCUUGAUCAUAGUCAGGACGACCGAGGUGGAGAUGGGCGGCGAGAUGACUGUCGAUGAGCGGUUUCCUGUCACCGUGGCUGCCGUGCGGCAGCUCCUGAGGCGAUAUGGUCUCGAAGAUAAGACUUUUGGCCCGUCCUCUUGACUGCCUCAUUUUUUCUCCGGAGAGGCUGUCAAUGCAUUGGUGGUGGUUUCCGUGCGGUUUGGGCUAUGUAAUGGAACUGAU